GAUCUAAUCUUUUUCUCUUCACACGCUCUGCUGUGCGCACAGACUGAAGACAAAGAGCAGAGAGCACUCUGCCUCUCCAUGUGAUGUGCACCCGAUCGAUGAAGGUGCAACAUUAGUCUCAGAUACUGACCCCACAAUUUUUAUUGAUUUAUUCUUUUUUUAAAUUUUAAUUACGCUGCAUGGGCAGUUAACCAAGUGCGCCUCUGUCUUUUGCGGGUGUCCACUCACUAAGUACGCCUCCCUCCUCACCAGCCUCAACAUUUGUGAAGUGGCUGCCUCACCCGAUCGGACCGGAGGCCAUCUGGUCUCUGAUCUGGUCUCUGAGCUCACCGGAGAAUCGUCGCGCUCCGUCGGGCGCAGGCUGUGCGCCUCUAGGAUCAGACCGGAGCCACCGCGAGCUCUGGCAAUGGAGAUGAUGGAGGGAGACGUUAUGGACAAGCUGGAGGACAUGUCAUCGGUGUACGACUUCGACCCGAUCACCGGCAACAUCCCCGCCACAAAAGUAGAGAUCACUGUCUCCUGCCGUAAUCUGCUGGAUAAAGACACUUUCUCCAAGUCAGAUCCACUAUGUGUGCUCUAUACGCAAGGUGUGGAAACCAAACAGUGGAGAGAGUUUGGCAGAACGGAGGUGAUAGACAACACCCUAAACCCCGACUUUGUUAGAAAGUACAUCUUGGACUACUUUUUUGAGGAGAAGCAAAACCUUCGCUUCGACUUGUACGACGUUGACUCCAAAAGCCCAGACCUGUCUAAACAUGACUUUUUGGGCCAGACAUUCUGUACUCUUGGGGAGAUUGUUGGAUCACCAGGCAGUCGACUGGAAAAGCCACUGGGAGGGAUCCCAGGGAAGAAAUGUGGCACUAUCAUCCUGUCUGCAGAGGAGCUGAGCAAUUGUCGAGACAGUGCCACUAUGCAGUUCUGUGCCAACAAGCUGGACAAGAAGGACUUCUUUGGCAAGUCAGACCCUUUCAUGGUCUUCUACAGAAGCAAUGAAGAUGGAACGUUUACUAUCUGCCAUAAAACAGAGGUGGUGAAGAACACAUUAAAUCCAGUAUGGCAGCCUUUCACUAUCCCAGUCAGAGCACUCUGCAACGGAGACUAUGACAGAACAAUCAAGGUGGAGGUGUAUGAUUGGGAUAGGGAUGGCAGCCAUGACUUCAUUGGGGAUUUUACGACCAGCUACCGAGAGCUAGCUCGAGGGCAGAGUCAAUUCAAUGUAUACGAGGUGAUUAAUACUAAGAAGAAAAUGAAGAAAAAGAAAUAUGUCAACUCUGGAACAGUGACCCUGCUCUCGUUCUCAGUGGAGUCAGAGUUCACAUUCUUAGAUUACAUCAAAGGAGGAACACAGAUCAAUUUCACUGUGGCCAUCGAUUUCACAGCAUCUAACGGUAACCCAUCUCAGUCCACGUCACUGCACUACAUGAAUCCGUACCAGCUGAACGCCUACGCCAUGGCCCUGAAGGCUGUCGGGGAGAUCAUUCAGGACUACGACAGUGACAAGAUGUUCCCUGCUCUAGGCUUUGGAGCCAAACUGCCCCCUGAUGGACGAGUGUCACAUGCGUUUCCACUGAAUGGAAAUAUGGAAAAUCCUUACUGCAAUGGUAUUGAGGGCAUCUUAGAGGCAUACCACCAGAGUCUAAAGACCGUGCAGCUUUACGGGCCAACUAACUUUGCCCCGGUGGUGAACCAUGUUGCCAGGUAUGCAGCGGCGGUGCAGGACGGCUCUCAGUACUUUGUGCUGCUCAUCAUCACAGAUGGUGUCAUUUCCGACAUGGCCCAGACCAAAGAGGCCAUUGUAAAUGGUGCCAAGCUUCCCAUGUCAAUAAUCAUAGUUGGAGUGGGUCAGGCUGAGUUUGAUGCAAUGGUGGAGCUGGACGGCGAUGACAUCAGGAUCUCAUCCCGGGGGAAACUGGCAGAAAGAGACAUAGUUCAGUUCGUUCCCUUCAGAGAUUAUAUGGACAGGACAGGCAAUCAUGUAUUAAGCAUGGCACGGCUCGCCAAAGACGUGCUGGCAGAGAUCCCCGACCAGUUCAUCUCAUACAUGAAGAGCCGAGGGAUCAAACCCAACCCGGAACCACCUCCCUACACACCGCCUGGACACACACACCACCACACACAGAUCUGACGCCCUUCAUCUUGGCUCUUCACUGAGGACUGACAUCAUGCAGCAACUCAGAGGGCAGCAGGAACUCUCUACGUACUGUUCUUGGUAAAAAUGGGCGAUGAUGCACCAGGAAAUGGGACUUCAGUUUUGUGCUGUAUCCUCCCAGUGACCGCUAGAACGGCAUUUUUGUUAGUUUCUUUUUCGGUUUCUCUUGAAGAGAGGCUGGAGACUUCCCAGGACUCCUUGGUGAAAGCCUGUUAACUGACACUGAGGCAGUGACUGUUUCCUUUCUAAUUUGACAGCAGGUUGAUUCAAAACAGUCAUGUUGUGGUUAAAACUUGUGCUUGUAUGUGGUUGUUUCUCUACAUGUAUCAGGACAUGUGAACUUUGACCUAAGCCUUGCUCGUCAGUCAUUGGUGUGGCUUAAUACAGUGGUAUGUUUAAGGCGCCUUUUCCCUUAUAAAAUCUAAUUCCCCACUUGGGGAUUUGUACCUCCACAUCUGCUAAUGCAUCAGUUGUGAUGGAAGGAAAGCCUACAGUUGUGUAGUUUACAGUUUAUUACUUUGAACAUGACUUUUCAUACUUUGAGGUAUCACCUCCUCUCUUCUUAAGUAAAUGUUUUGAAAGCGCAUGUUAUGCGAGAAUAAUUUGGAGUGCUGCUAUUCAUCGAUUCUGAACCAAGUACCCAAUUUAUUCAUGCAAAUCAAAUAUCUUUAUACUGCAGAUGCAAUUCAACAUAAGUAAUGUUUGAUACAGUGUUUAGGGUUUUCAUUCUCUACAUAUAAUGUACAUUUGCAUCACAGAGAAUGUUGCAUGAGAGCAUUAACUAAUUUACCAUAACUACUUUAAAACACCUUAAAUUUCUUAUAAUCCACUACUCUAAUUUUGUAAUAUACCAUAAAUACAUCAGCAUAUACUGUAAGUAACACACUGAGCAUGUAAAGGGAGGAGAAGGGGAAGAGGGAAAAAAGGCAGGGCAUUUUACAUAAGGCUGAAUUUACUGAAUUACCAACUAGGCAAAACGGUGUUUUCCCAUCAGCACAGGCCAGCCAGCUUUAAUCGAGACAAGCUGGACGAGCACGGGUUGGCCUCCGUUUCCAUAUGUUCCUAGCAGUGGGGAUAAUCGUGCCGAUUCGUGCUCAGUCAGCCCCGUUUAUGCCCAGGAAAAAAUGGGACCAUGCGCUGCCUUCAACAGAACCGGCUCAUCAAGACAUGAUUGGCCUCAGUGUGGUGCUGAGGGAAGGUCCUUACACAUUUGGCACUGACAUUUUUUUUUUGGUAAUUUCAUUGCUUGAUCCCGUAGGGGCUCAUGCUGCCCCUAUGGGAUCAAGAUGCAGCAAAUAUGGCUUUUAUGGUGCAGUGGAAACACAACCAUGCUGCCUUGAGAGCAGCUCAGCACCACUCCACGGUGCACGCCUUGGCUCAGAUUGCUGUGCUGAUGGAAAAACAACCAUGGUCAGGGUGCCCACAGACUCACUGUGGGCAAUUACUUUGAAGUAACUGCCAAGACAACUGCCAUCUUUGCUAAUAAGCACCACUCAAUCAUCAUUUGUUCAUAUUGUAAUAAAUAGACCCUACAGCUAAUUUCUGCCACACAGUCCAAUAUCAAGGUAAUUUGGCCUCGAUUCUAUCCCAUACACACCACCUCUGCAACCCAGAAACUCCCAUAUCGGUGGAAAUCUGAAAGCCGGAUGAGGAUUUUCAUUGAAUGCACCCCUGUGUUUACAA